CGUUAUACGUUUCUAAUAUCUUUGCUCUUGAUAAGCCAAGGGAGCAAAAAAAAGGAUAGCCGUCGAGCCGAUAAUCUAACCGAAACCGAAUAAAGUUACUGAGUGUCCGUUCGGUGUGGGUUGUUGCUCUUAAAUAACGGAGAUAAUGAAUUCGGCUAAGAAGGCGGUUCAGCUGCUGCAGCUAAGUUCACGGCAAUUAUCGACAUCACAGCUGACGAGGAAAGCCACAACCGGCGCUCCGUUAGAUAAUGUGCAUCCAGGAUACAAAAAGCUGAAGGCGAAACAGGAAAAAUUUCAGGUUAAUGAUGGCCUUCCCGUUUUUCUCAAAGGUGGAAUUGUGGACAAAUUACUGUACCAUACAACAUUGGGACUUUGUGCUGUUGGACUUGGCAUGACCUUCAAAUUUUAUUAUGAUAUGGCAGUGCCUAGAAAGUAGAUGUAUUAGUUCUUUGUGUAAAUGGGAGAGGUAGUUAGUGCAGGCAGAUUCUCAUUUCUGUAAGUUAUUGCAGGUGACUGUACAAAUCUGUAAAUUGCAUUUAAUAAAUACUGAGAAGUA